CGUGGCACUUUGGUAAUGGCUCGGCAGCCUAUUAUAGGGGGGAGGGGUGUUGUGCUGCUGAAACUCGAGUUGCCCAAAGGCUUGCUGGGCGCAAUGCCAGCAAGAUGCACGUUGCCUUGCCAUCCCCUAGGCACACUAGCAAGCACGUUGUGGUUGUGGUGUGCCGCCGGAGUCCCCCGCCUCGGGUCCAAGGUCGAGCAUGGGCGUCUGGCUGCGGCGAACCCCGAUCACCGAAGGAGCAACAAGAAGGGAAACACGUUGGUGUACGGCCCACCUAGGCACCACCUAGGGAGCAUGGCGUGGUGGAGUUGUGCCUUGGGCACCUGCGUCAUGCUCGCCCUACGUCUAGGGUCGAUGUACGACGGUGCCCGAUGCGGUGUGGGUUGGGCGUUGCUUAAUCCAGACGGUGCGGCUGUUCGGCUAUCUCCCGAAGCACCUCACGCAUCGGGCUGUCCCUUGAAUGUUCUUCGUCGCUUCCCCCGAACCCUGUCUAUCGGCGCUGACACGGCUACCUCGUGUGCUUCCGCUUGCCUGCACGCGCCUAGGCGUGUGGGACGCGGUUUGUCCGGGCGUGCUGUGUUUGGGGACCGUGGUGGCAGAUGAGCGGUGUGUGAGUUG